UAUAACUCAUUUCAAUUCAACUAAACACUUGUUCAAUUUCGAGCUGCAUUAACAAAUUAAAAUAAAUUUAAAUAUUAGUACUAUACAAUUAAACAAAUUGCAACUGUGAUCAAUCCAAAAGGAAAUUGUAAGAAAGUACACUGAAGAGCGAAUAGCCAAAAUAUUACAGGAAAUUUUCGCAAGAGGUAGGCAGAAAACUUGAAGCCGAAACGACAGCAUUGUAGCCAAAAGACGACGACGACGGUGUAGAAGAAGACGUUAACGAAGAAACGAGGGAACCGGAGAAACACCAAGAAAACGUUGGUGGAAAUAAUUUGAUCAACAAAAGAUAUUGCAAAUUUGUAUCCAUUUUCUGUUGACCCAACAGAAAGAGUGACUUAGACCUAAUGUAAAUUCGAGUAGAUAUCAACAGUAUAAUCCAACAACACCACGCGCUAAAUUAUAAAAUAUAAAAGCUGAAGCAAUAUUCCUGUGCAUUACAAAACCAAUAAACUAAUCACGCCAGCUCGCUCAUCAAAAAGAGGCACAACCUGUUCAAACCCAUAAUUGAAAUCGUCUACAUCUGCUGUGAACACCGCCGGUGAUAUUUAACGUUAUCAUCGAAUCACAAAAUCAUAGUUUAAACAUCGCACGCAUAUUCCCCCUCCCCCAUUUCUUGUAUUAACUGCUAAACGCCUAAUUUCUUUGGCACUGGUAGCAUUUAUUGAGUAAUUGAACAGCGCAAAUCCCGUAAAUUGCAAGACAGCGAAAAAUAAAAAGUAAAACGCAAUGGUAAUGGAUGCAACUCAACCUCAGCAGCCAUCUCCACAAUCUGUUGGCCGCGAAUUUGUGCGCCAAUACUAUACUCUACUGAAUCGUGCACCAAAUCAUUUACAUCGUUUUUAUAACAACCAUUCAUCGUUUAUACACGGCGAAUCAACUUUGGUGGUGGGCCAGCGUAAUAUUCACAAUCGCAUUCAGCAAUUAAACUUUCAUGAUUGCCAUGCCAAGAUAAGUCAGGUGGAUGCUCAGGCAACGUUAGGUAAUGGUGUUGUUGUGCAAGUGACAGGCGAAUUGUCGAAUGAUGGCCAACCGAUGCGUCGCUUUACGCAGACAUUUGUGUUGGCUUCGCAAUCGCCGAAGAAGUACUACGUUCACAACGACAUCUUCCGUUAUCAGGAUAUAUAUUCGGAUGAGGAUAAUGAUGGAGAAGCACGUUCGGAGAACGACGAGGAACAUGAUCAGCAGCAGCAACCGGCUGUGGUUUCCGCUUCUACCGCUGCAAGUGAGCAACAAGUCGGAAUACAGGUGGGUGCUGGUACAGGGGCUGUAACUAUCGAACCGCAGCAACAGCAACCAUCUCAAGCGCAAGUUGUGUCUACAGGUACAGGCGCUGGUGUGUUGCCCCAGCAGCAACCAGGCGCACAGGCUGCAGGUGGUUCACCACAACAACAAACAAUUUAUUAUUCGGUGCCGACUGCUGGAGGUCGUCCCGUGCCUUUAUUGGCAGCCGCAGCCGCAGCCCCACCACAAGGAGCCGCCACCGUGCCAUUGGCUGCACAAUUUCCAGCUGCCGCAUCCACGACCAGUAUACCACCACAACAAGUUCAGCUGAAUGGUGUUAGCCAUGAGGAUCUAUUGUCUGCCGCGAAUCAACAGCAGCAGCAGUCAGGAGCCGGACAACAACAACCACUGAUCGCACCGGCUUCUUCCCCUGUAGUUCAGCAGUCUGCGGGAAGUGGUGUUAACAUAGCAACCCCAGUGAUUGGCGCUCAAGCUGGCCCUGCUGUCGGUGUCGCUACUGUGCCCGUUACCACAUCAGCUGCUGUUCCCCAAAGUGCAGCUGCAAAUUUACCCGGCUUCCAACAAUCUCUGCUGCAGCCGCAUGUUUUACAACAACCAAUGCCGCAACCAUUACUAACACAGACACAGGUGUCGCAACAAUCUACUACAGUAGAUUUGGAAGAGGGUGUCAUUAACCCUAAUUUGACCAGCGUUGCGGAAUCGGUGACUCGCACGGGCUCGGCUGGUAUAUUAGCAGCAGCUGCAGAUAACUCUAACGUCACUGAGGACUUUAAGACAAUUAACGAACAGCAGCAGCAAGAGAAAUAUGAGGCCACUAAACAGCAACAGCAACUACAAAAUGAGCCAAAGACGUAUGCGAACCUAUUUAAAUCGACUUCUUCUUCGCCCAGUGGUUUUGUCACUGCAGCCAUGCAACAGCAACAGCAAUUGCAACAACAACAACAACAACAGCAACCAUGCAAUAACGCCUUUCAGUCCGCGACCACGAUUUCCACUACUACGUAUUCACAGUCCAACUCAAAUACGACUUCAUCGCUUUCGGGAUAUAACAAUCGCAGUAGUGAUUCUUCCUCAUUGCGCAUCGACAAUAACACUGUAGGUUCGGUUACACAAGGUGGUCCAUUACCCCAGCGCACUAAUACAUCCCGCAUCAAUAAAGACUAUGAGCCGCGUCGCACCAGCAAUGCCCAGCAACCUGACAACCAACAGCUGUUCCUUGGUAAUAUACCCCACCACGCUUCAGAGGAGGAGUUAAAGGCUUUGUUUAGUCGCUUUGGUCAAGUACUUGAACUGCGAGUCAUGUCCAAGGCGAAUGGCAAGUUGCCACCCGGCGUGAGAAAUCCACAAAAUUUUGGCUUCAUUACUUUUGAAGAUCCAGAAUCUGCUCACAAUUGUUUAGCCCAUUGCCCCCUAUACUUUCCUGAAAACUCUCCGGAUGGACAAAAACUUAACAUAGAAGAGAAAAAAUCACGUAUGCAACGUCAAAACAACGAGAUGCCACCACGGCAGUCGAUGGGUGGUAGCAGUAUUGGAGGAAACAUAAACAAUUCGCAACGCAACAUGAGUGGUGGUCCUCCAACCCGAUCGCUAUCCAAUUCAGCUGGUGGUGGAACAAGUGGUAUGAUGCGUAGCACUGGUAGCAGUGGUGCUAAUAGUAACAGUAUGUCGCGGGGUCAAUCCAGCGGUGGAGGGCCACGCCUCGGUGGCGGCUUCAGUCGCAGUGAGAAUCGGAGUGGUCCAACGAAUGGUGGUGGCUCACAAGUGCGCGGUGGCAAUCAAAACAGCGCACAAUCAUCUGGAGGCGGCGGCAGCAGCAACUACAGUACACGUCGCUAACCAUUAAUAUUCUUUUAUCACCCACAGCAGUCUUCGCGGUAUAACACAGUAACGGCUGCAGUUGCGACAACACCAACAACAACAACACCACCAGUUCAGAAACAACAGCAGUAAUCUGGUUUGCGCGAUGAUUAAAGGAAGCAGUAAAUUUUUAUAAUUUUUGUAUUAGUAGAAAUGUUUGAAUUUGCUUGCGAAGUACCCGUAACGGAAAGCAGGAAAUCAAACCAAGCCCAAAUCUGAAAACCUCGACAAAAACAAGCAAAUGGACACAUGACACUACUGCUAUUUAUAUGCAACACUUAAAUUAUUAUUGUUUGUUGAAUUUGUCGUUUUCUGAAAAACUCUUUCUUUAUACCAAUUUAUCUCUCAAUUAUUUUUACUCAUCAGUUUUCUCACAUGACCAUAGAACAUUUUCUCUUGUAAUACAUAGCUCACAAAAUUUAGUUUAUUGAUUUAUAUAUUGAAGUAAAUUUUUAUUUUUUAAUUUAUACUAACUAAAGAACAGCAAAACAAAACAUUCUCUCUCUCACAAAUAAAUAAAAACUUCAUUAUCAUGUGUGUAUUUUAGUUUUGAUAUUUUAAUUAUAUAAUAAAAAAAAACGUCCCAAUCAUAGGGAUAAACAAAUCGUAGAUUCAAAUAAUAUAAACUAAAAUUUAACGGAUUUAUAAAGAAUCACCGUUAUAAAGAAAAAAUAUUAAAAAAUGAAAACAUGCAAUAAAAAGCAAAAGAAAGACUUGUAAAACCGAAUAGAAGCGUUAAAAUAAUUUGAAAACUAUAAUGAAAAAAAGUAAUGUUCGUACGUUUAAAAAUAAAAUCUGAAAAAAUCGAAAAAUGCAACAAAAAACCAGAAAAAAACCAAGGUCUGUAAAAACCCCGAAAUCAAAUUACUGAAUAUGAACGAGGGUGAAAACUGGGAAAUGGUGGAUAUAGAUUCAGCAAAUUUAUUAUUAGUUUAAGGCAAAAGCUUCUUAUGUGCUAUAAUGUUGCUGUAAAAGAAUAUGUUGUUUCAAAGGUACUAUUUUUCAUUUUACUUAGAUAAUUUUCUUCCCUCUUUCGUAAUAACUUUUAAUAUAAUAUCAAAAUGCAUUACUUGUUUGUUAUUGAGUGUACGAAUAAUGUCAGAGAAGAGCCGAUUAUGUAAUUCGUUAGUAGUAGACUAUGCAGUUACGUUGAUCACAUUUUCUGGCUUCGAAAGUAGGGUUUGUUCGAGGGACGUAAAAAAGCAGCAGUAUUGCAACCCUGUUGCAAAUGCUAGGCUCAUACUUUUUAGAUUUUCGGCACUUAUUUCGCAUAGAUAGGUGAAUGUGAAUACGUAAAUAAAAGUAAUGGAGUUUCCUACAAAUAUUUUCCUUGGUAAUUUCGAUACUGACGGUAAUUUACUAUAUACAAAUUUCGAAGAAAAUAAUGAAACAAUUGUGCUUGCAAAAUUUGUAUGAUGCCGAUUAAAAAGGCUUUGCGAUUGCUGACUUAAAAUGCUACACUUUUACCAAAGUUGUUGAAAUUUCACUUCAAACGUGGUACUUUAAAAAAUCGUGUAACAGCGGUUGUGAUUGCAACUCGAACAAGCCCGUACUCUUUCCGAUUCGGCAAAAGGAAAAGAAUAUAUUAAAAUUUAAUUGGAGCUAAAAAAAAAA